UCAGCUGAUAGAGCGGCGAGCAAAAUCAUUAUGAUCUGAACCUAAACAACCCCAACAGAAGCAACUGAGAUAAACGCUAUUCCAAGUCCCCUUCAAACCAUGCAUCACACCAUAUCGACUCUCAACUUCAACCAGACACCGAUAAUGGAUUUUGCAGAUCCGAACAACAACUCUUCCAUCGGAACUACCAGCGGGAGCGAUGAGCCCGCCAAAAAAGAUGAAAAAUACUCCCUCCGGCAGCGACAAUCCCGCCGAUCAACACCGGCAGCCAAACCGGAGAAGAAGACCGUCCCGAAGGAGAAACCCAAGCAGAAAGCUCCCCCGCUGAGCAAGUACCGUCGGAAAACGGCCAACGCUAGGGAGCGAACUCGAAUGCGGGAAAUCAACAGUGCCUUCGAGAAUCUGCGGCAAGCGGUCCCCUUAGCGGUGGCCGGCAGUAGUGGGAACAGUUCUCCGGUGAGUUCGCCCGGUCAACCGGGUGGCAGUAGCACCAAUGAAAAGCUGACCAAGAUUACGACCUUGCGGAUGGCGAUGAAGUACAUCCGGAUACUGAGCGAAAUUUUGACGAACCCCGAUGGUCAUCUGGAAAUCGACAACAACAACGACAUGGACAUGGUCAACCAUAACGAGAUCGAGCGGGAAGUAAUGCUGAAGGGAAUGCUCUUGAAUGAAGCAAUGUUCAAGCCAAUGUUGAGUCCCCAACCGGUGAAGCAGGCGGAGAAGAGUCCCAGAAGAAAGUCGGGUGGAAACGCUGCCGCUUCCAAAAAGAAACCUAAGAAAGCCAGUACCAAGUCGAGUGCGGCGAAAAGAAAUUCAACCCGUUCCAAGCAAACCGCCAUUAAGGUGGAAGACAAAGCUCCCAGUUUAUACCAAAAGGACGAGCUGGUGGACCUGGGCAUGAUGCUGGAUUCGGACAACGAUUCGCUGCACCUUUCGGAGCCCUGCCUCAGUCCACUGCAGGGCAACGCAGGGCUCAAGCAGACCUUCAACAGCUGCAAUACCACGUCUGCGAAUGAUUUGGAGUUUGGGCUGUUCCUGGAGUCGGACGCGGAUUCGUUGCAGCUCUCCGAACCGUGCUUGAGCCCGUUGAGUCACCUGGACUCGUUGAACCCAUUCAACGACCUGCUGCACACCGGAUUCAACGAGCAGGCGGCUCUGGAGCUGUACUUAUAACAUCCGGUCGGCGGUCCAGUAGGUAGUUAGUACGCGUGCGCGAGAAUUCUUAUGUUGUUUUGGGAAACCGGACAAUCAGUGAUAGAGAAAAAUGACAAUUCCUCCUAGUUUAGGUAGAUGUUAGGGUAUGCUCUAGAAGAGGUAUAGAUUACAAUGAUCCUGUUAUUUAUUCUCAAUGUGUCAUAUUUAGAUAAGGUAGUCUGCAUCCCGUUGUACUUAUAUGCUACAGAUAGAUUGCACCGGCA